UUGCGAGAUGCGCCAGGGAAAGGCCAGCGUCCUACAUAAAGAGUGUGGGACAGGGAGCCGGGCGGCACAGGAGGGGCAACACACACACACCUUUCUGCUCGCACGCGACAAAGGCACAGCAGCAAGAGGAAGGGUCAGGAAAGAGUGGCACAGUGAAAGGGAAGCGAGGCAGGGGAUAUCUGAGGAGAUAUGGUACGCUCACGUGAACAAGGGAUCCCUGCCUGGGUCUAUGUGGGCACCCUGUUCAUCUUCAUCCACUUCCACUCUGUCUCAGUUAGAGGAGCUGCUCUGAAGCAGGAGGUGCCACUGGACAAUGGGGCCACGGUGCUGAACCACUCCAUGGGUUUGGUGCAGCGCAUGGAGAUGCUGCUGGCCAUGGGGAACAGCAGCGAUGUCACCCUGCAGGUGAAGACCAUCAACACGGACGAGGUGAAGGUGAUCCAGGCGCACAGCCUGCUUCUCACCCUGCAGAGUGACGUGUUUGAGGAACUGCUGCUCAGCCGCAACAACAGUGCCCUGGUUUUGAGGGAGACGCCCGACUGCGCCGCCGUCUUUGACAAGUUUGUCAGGUAUCUGUACUGUGGUGACAUCUCAGUGCGGCUAGAUCAGGCCAUUUCUCUGCAUAAGCUGGCCAGCAAGUAUCAUGUCUGGGGUUUGCAGCAGGGUCUGACCCAAUAUAUGACCCAGCAUCUGUCCAGUGAUUCCCCCAUGGGUCAUGUGGUUGGUUGGUACAACUAUGCGCUGCAAAUUGGGGAUGUGGCUCUGCGGGACAGCUGCCUGCAGUACCUGUCCUGGAACCUAUCGUCUGUGCUGCAGAGCGGAGAAUGGGGCUCCAUCAGUGAAGACCUGCUCCUCUCUUUGCUCCAGCGCUCUGACCUCAUUCUGCAGAGUGAGCUGGAGCUCUACGAGGCCCUGGAGGCCUGGAUAAGCCAGAACCAGCCUGUCAGUUCAACGGUGCAGAGUGCCCUAAGGACUGUUCGAUAUGGCAUGAUCCCACCUCAGCACCUCUUCCGCCUUCAGAAGCAAUCGCCCCUUAUGCUCAAGUAUUACGAGUCCGUCCGCGAUCUCCUCUACCUUGCAUUCCAAUUUCACUCCGCCUCACCUAUCCACCUGGCCAAGUACUUUGAAGUCAACUGCAGUAUUUUCACUCCCCGUAACUACCUGUCCUCCUCCUGGGGUUCCUCUUGGGUCAUCAAUAAUCCCACCCGUGAUGACCGCAGUUUCAGCUUCCAGACUCAGCUUGGGCCCAGCGGCCAUGACUCCAGUAAGAGGGUGACAUGGAACGCCCUCUUCUCCCCUCGCUGGCUCCCACUCAGUGCCAGGUCAACUUACACUGAGCUGGGCGCUAUGCAGCCCACCCGCACAGAGGGAGGUCGACCUCGCAUUAUCGUGACGCCAGCCACUUCUAGUUCAGACUUUGCCGGUGUGAGUUUCCAGAAGACGGUGAUCGUGAUGGCAAGGCAGCAGGGAAAAGUGGUGGUCCGCCACGUCUACAACUUCCACCAAAGCACGGAGGAGGCUGGAGAUUUCCUGGCCGAGGCUGACCUGCAGCGCCGUGCAUCAGAAUACCUAAUUGACAGCUCCCUCUAUCUGCACAUUAUAAUAAAACCUCUCUACCAUACCCUCCUUGUCGCUAAGAAAUAAAGGCAGGGAUUUGGUGUGGCCAUCUCUGGUUCCCCCCUCCACCCACACAAUCACAUGCACUGUUAUUUAGUUGUGUCGACUUCCAACUAUUUAGCAAGAAGUUGUAUGGUACAAUCAAGGAUUCACAAUCUUACAGCUCAGCAGUGAUUACAACAUCCGUUUCUUCAGUAUUUGGUGCAUACUCAUAACUUUUCUCAGUACUGUAUUUGUUCAAAUAUUUUAUAGUCUGACUGUUUGUUCCUUAAAUGUAUUAAAUCUGUGUGAUGGAUAAUGUUGUUUGCAUAAGUGCUAUAGACGCUUUGCUUUAAAAUAAACUGUUAUUGCAAUUAAUUUGUAUGUAUUUUACGAUUCUGCAGUAGGCUUUAGAUUUUUAGUUCAUUGCUCUUGUAUCCUGUGACAUAUAUUUAUAUAUACAAACCAAAAUGUGUAAGUUAAUUUAUUAAGUGCAAUCCUACUACCGGUGUUAUUUUGUGUAAUGUAGUUUACUUGCAAAACAGUGGCGCUAAUGUUGUUGUUGUUUUUUUACUGUUACACAGGCAUUUUAUCCUAUAGCUUUUAAAAGCAACUACCCAAGCAUGCAUUUUCAUCCUGAAACUAACAUUCAAUAAAAAUCAAUAUUGAUAAA